GGUCCGGCCCCUGGCUCCCUGUAAGACACCAAUUGUCAUGCAAUAGAGGCAGCCCCGUUCUUGGAUGCCGCUUGGCCGUUGUCCGUCUGGAUGCCCGCGUAGGGCGUUUGUCUGGACCGGAGCUUCGGAAGCUGGGAACUGGCAGGAGUUCAGAAGCUCGUGAAUUCGCAGGUUCUUUACUAGACUUUGGGCUCCUUGAGGAUAUUCAGUUUCGUACUUUUGAAUAUCCUCUCAUCAUAUUCAGCAUAAAAUAACAUUUCUUAAUGAUUAUCCUCGGCGGGACAGGUGUGAGAGGAUCACUAUUGUAUUACAAUCAUGGUGCAAAAAUACCAGUCACCAGUGAGGGUGUAUAAACACCCCUUUGAAUUAAUUAUGGCUGCUUAUGAAAGAAGAUUUCCUACAUGUCCUUUGAUUCCGAUGUUCGUGGACAGUGACACUGUGAAUGAAUUCAGGAGUGAAGAUGGGGCUAUUCAUGUCAUUGAAAGGCGCUGCAAACUGGAUAUAGAUGCACCCAGAUUGUUGAAGAAGAUCGCAGGAGUUGAUUAUGUUUAUUUUGUCCAGAAAAACUCACUGAAUUCUCGGGAACGUACUUUGCACAUAGAGGCCCAUAAUGAAACAUUUUCCAACCGGGUCAUUAUUAAUGAGCAUUGCUGCUACACGGUUCACCCUGAAAAUGAAGAUUGGACCUGUUUUGAACAGUCUGCAAGUUUAGAUAUUAAAUCUUUCUUUGGUUUUGAAAGUACAGUGGAAAAAAUUGCAAUGAAACAAUAUACCAGCAACAUUAAAAAGGGAAAGGAAAUCAUCGAAUACUACCUGCGCCAGUUAGAAGAAGAAGGCAUAACUUUCGUGCCCCGCUGGACUCCACCUUCUGUCACGCCCUUUUCAGAGACAGCAUUGUCAUCGUGCAAGAAACAAGCAGCAUCGACAGCCAUCAUCAUCCCAGAUGCCACUCUUAAGGAAGGACUGAGCAGCGAGGCCCUCAGCAGCCCGGGUGGGCCAACUGAGCCCGUGGUGGGAACCCCUGAUGACAAACUAGAUGCAGACUACAUUAAGAGAUACCUGGGCGAUUUGACUCCCCUGCAAGAGAGCUGCCUUAUUAGACUUCGCCAGUGGCUCCAGGAGACCCACAAGGGCAAAAUUCCAAAAGAUGAACAUAUUCUUCGGUUCUUACGUGCUCGGGAUUUUAAUAUUGACAAAGCCAGAGAGAUCAUGUGUCAGUCUUUAACAUGGCGGAAGCAGCACCAGGUAGACUACAUUCUUGAUACCUGGAACCCUCCCCAGGUCCUUCAGGACUACUACGCGGGAGGCUGGCAUCAUCACGACAAAGACGGGCGGCCGCUGUACGUGCUCAGGCUGGGGCAGAUGGACACCAAAGGCCUGGUGAGAGCCCUCGGAGAGGAAGCCCUGCUCAGAUAUGUUCUCUCCAUAAAUGAAGAGGGGCUAAGACGAUGUGAAGAAAACACAAAAGUCUUUGGUCGGCCUAUCAGUUCAUGGACCUGCCUGGUAGACCUGGAAGGGCUGAACAUGCGCCACUUGUGGAGACCUGGUGUUAAAGCCCUGCUGCGGAUCAUUGAAGUGGUGGAGGCCAAUUACCCUGAGACGCUGGGCCGCCUUCUCAUCCUCCGUGCGCCCAGGGUGUUUCCUGUCCUCUGGACACUGGUCAGUCCAUUCAUUGAUGACAACACCAGAAGGAAAUUCCUCAUUUAUGCAGGAAAUGACUACCAGGGUCCUGGAGGCCUGCUGGAUUACAUCGAUAAAGAGAUUAUUCCAGAUUUCCUGAGUGGGGAGUGCAUGUGUGAAGUGCCAGAGGGUGGACUGGUCCCCAAGUCUCUGUACAGGACUGCGGAGGAACUGGAGAAUGAAGACCUCAAGCUCUGGACUGAGACCAUCUACCAGUCUGCAAGUGUUUUCAAAGGAGCCCCCCACGAGAUUCUCAUUCAGAUUGUGGAUGCCUCAUCAGUGAUCACUUGGGAUUUUGACGUGUGCAAAGGGGACAUUGUUUUUAACAUUUAUCACUCCAAGAGGUCUCCACAGCCACCCAAAAAGGACUCCCUGGGGGCCCACAGCAUCACUUCUCCAGGUGGAAACAAUGUGCAGCUCAUAGACAAGGUCUGGCAGCUGGGCCGAGACUACAGUAUGGUGGAGUCCCCCCUGAUUUGCAAGGAAGGAGAAAGCGUGCAGGGCUCCCAUGUGACCAGGUGGCCCGGCUUCUACAUCCUGCAGUGGAAAUUCCACAGCAUGCCGGCGUGUGCUGCCACCAGCCUGCCCCGUGUGGAUGAUGUACUGGCCUCCCUGCAGGUCUCUUCCCACAAGUGUAAAGUGAUGUACUACACCGAGGUGAUUGGCUCCGAGGAUUUCAGAGGUUCGAUGACCAGCCUGGAGUCCAGCCACAGUGGGUUCUCCCAGCUGAGCGCCGCCACCACCUCCUCCAGCCAGUCCCACUCCAGCUCCAUGAUUUCCAGAUGGCGAUUUUGCUGACAGCUGCCAAGAAAACGCUCCACUCAACAGUCCUCAUGUGCCCAGAGAUGUUUAUAGAACUAUUUGAAUUGCAGCCAUUCCCCACCCCCUACUCCCAGCUGAAGAUCUGUUCUUUUUAAGUUGAUUCAGGAGUGGCACUGUUUUAUCCCCAGAGAGUGCGAUGCCUCUUUAAGAGUUCAAAGCACACGGUUGCAUGGGAGCUCUCAUUGCAUGGGAGCUCUCCAGGGCUCCUUGGGAGUGGCACACCUCCUGUCCUGGGAAGGGAGCCCUGGGGCCUUUAUGGUUUGCAUAUGCAGUUUGCGUUGUCUCUCUUUUUGGUACCUUGAUACCUUUUUAAAAAUGCUGCUGGCAUUUCCCUUUUUCUCAGUACUAAUGAUUCUUUGGUUUCCCUGUAUUACUAGUGUCUUAAUUCACUUUCCUCCCUAAAUUCAUUAUUUGCAUAUCAAAUUCUGUAAAUGUUUUGUAAACAUAUUACCUCACUCUUGGUAAUAUAAUACUGAUAGUCUUUAAAAGAUUUUUUUAUUGUUAUCAAUAAUAAAUGUGAACUGUUUAAAGAAAA